CAAGGCCUUCAACGCGGUUUUCAGUUCCCCUCUCUCUCUCUCUCUCUCUCUCUCUCUCUCUCUCGCUUACCAACUCUCCUCUGCCGUGCCAGGGCUUGCCGGCGACCAGAGGAAGUGGGUGAGAGAAGAUGCCGAAUUGGGAGCUCAAGAACUGUUGCAAGCAUGAUCAAACUGUUUUCCUGGUGAUGGUCGGCGUCUUCACCGUUGUCAUCCUCGCAUUGUGGAGGACGGUGUUGCUGACCCCUUUCAAGCUAAUCACAGUGUUUCUUCAUGAAACAAGUCAUGCUCUUGCUUGUAAACUCACAUGUGGUCAGGUGGAAGGUAUCCAGGUUCAUGCAAAUGAGGGUGGAGUAACACAAACCCGUGGUGGUAUCUAUUGGGUGAUCCUCCCGGCUGGAUAUCUUGGCUCAUCGUUUUGGGGAAUGGUUCUGAUACUUGCAUCUACCAAUCUUCUGACUGCAAGAAUCGCUGCUGGUUGUUUUGGCGUAGCUUUGUUUAUUGUACUCUUCGUUGCCAAAAAUUGGUUGCUCCGAGGGCUUUGUAUUGGUUUCAUUAUUUUUCUGGCCAUCAUUUGGGUUUUACAGGAAACAACAACUGUUCGCAUACUUCGUUAUGUUAUUUUAUUUAUAGGUGUGAUGAACAGUUUGUUUUCAGUUUAUGACAUAUAUGAUGAUACAAUAUCCCGAAGAGUCAACUCAAGUGAUGCAGAGAAAUUCGCUGAGGUCUGCCCUUGCCCUUGCAAUGGUGUUGCAUGGGGAGUAAUUUGGGGUAUGAUAUCGUUUACAUUUCUAUGUGGAUCCUUGUACCUUGGUCUUGUCAUACUGUCAUGAGAUUAAUUCCAGAGAAGAGAAUAUCAUAUUUGCCAUGUCAUUCCCCAGAUGGUUUUUGAUGAGCAGCUUUUGUGCGCCAUUGGCUGCUCCUAGGUCUUGUUUGUACUCCUUAUCAUUCUUUUUAGUGAUUGUUUGACAUUAGAUUUUUAGAGAAAAUAUUGAAAUUAUCAUGAUUUAUUGGACACCGUAA